GUUUUAUUAUUCAUCUCCAUGGAAACUCCAAUCGGAUUUCGGAAAAGCGAUCACGUGAGCACACAAAAAUGGUAACGGUCAUGAUGUCGCCAUUUGAAAUUAAACCGGUUUUUCUUGUUUGAUGAUGUACGAGCCAGCGAUAGCAAGCCUGCGAUAGCAGCGGAUAUCCCUUAAAAACAAAAAUGGCGGACGUUUUUCAAUAUUUUUAUUUGUUUUGUAAGUUAUAAUUUUAAUAAAUAUAUAGAUAAUGCAGUAAAAAUGGAUAGAGAUUUUGAUGUCAUUGGAAGAUAUAAGGCCAUUGGAAGUAAAUUAAAGAGGUAUUAUGCUCAUAACAAUUUUAAAAACAGGCGGAAAACAUUCCAACAAUCCAACCACGACUGAGUUUCACUUUCCGCACUCAGCGCCUUUUUUAAUUUAACUAUGGUCACUAUAUAGCCGGCAGUUUACUAAAAUUGCCAGCUGAAUAGAUACUUUAAUUAAAAUACUCCAUGGCAAUUAUAAAAAUUUAUAUUCUACCUUUGAAAUUUUAGUACAAAUUAACCUGCUUUAUGUUUAUACAGACGAUUUCUACGAAAGCCAAAUGUUGCAGAAGCUAGCCAACAGUUUGGUAAGAUAAUUUAUUCAAAAGGGAGGAUCGUGACGGAAAAGUUUGACAAUUGCUAAUAAUGCGAUGUUGCCAAAUAUUUUGCUCAGUCUAAAUGUCCAAUGGGUCACUCCAGAAAACAUCCAUACCACCCCCACGGAGGAAAUAGGAAGUUAACCCCCCUACCCUCUUCGGAUGUCCUAAUACAUUUACUAUUAUCAGAAACAAUUUUUUCUCCUCUCCCCCUCCGGACAGCAGAAAUUUCUUCUGUGGGGGGAGUAUGGAUCUGUUCUGGAACGACCCAAUGCCAAACUAAUUUACUUCUUAAGAGGAAUGCUGGAGUUAAUGGUUUAACAUUUACUUGUUGUAGAAUAUCUUUCAAAAACUUUGCAACAACAAGAAUGUUUGCAAUAUGCUGGAUUUUGUUGCUUAGCUAAAGCAAGGUAUAAUUUUUGUUUCAAUCUGAAUUAUAUGAGCCAGUCAACUUGUUUCAUAAUAACACCAACUUUUUAUAUAAAAUACAAAAUCUACAGUUAUUUCCAUGAUUUUUAGGUGUGAAAAUACUCUUACAAAUUCAACAGCAGAAGUGGAAGCUCUCACUCAGGCAGGUAAUGCCAGAUGCUUUUACUCAUCAAGAGGAGAGAGUGCUGACCAUUGAACUAUAAAUAAACUGGAAGGCUAACUCAGGGGGGGAAAUUGAAGCCAGUGCAUUUUAGUUUUUCUGAGUUAUGAGCAGAAAUACUCAACACUGAACAUUGGGCUAUAUAUCAAAUUGAAGCUAUUGAAAAACACUAUUUGGUGUAGAAAUUUCAAGACUUUAGCUAAAAGGGAAAUAUUGAAAAACUACAAACAUAAUUACCGAUAAUUUGCCGUUUUGCAGUUGUUUUCGUAUUUUUAAAAUAUUUUUCUUUUCGCUGAAGUCUUGAAAUUUCCACACCGAAUAGCAAUUUUCAAUAGGUUCAAUUUGAUAUAUAGCCCGACGUUUGGGGUCAAGUAUUUCUGCUCAUAACUCAGAAAAACUAUUUUGGCUUCAUCAAAUCAUAGGCCUUCAUCAUAGCAGUUAGCCUUCCAGUUUAUUUAUAGUUCAAUGGUGCUAACACUCAAUGAGUUAAAUAGACCUCCUAUAUUUGUCUAGUUAACUCAUUAACCCUACUUUAUUAUUUUACUCUGUCUAACGGCAGACCAUUUUACUUGCCAAGGGAAGAGUACUGUGGCUGCAAAGUGGGUUACAGUGAAAAUACAAAAAGUGUCCCACUUCCGCUUCUGUAGUUUGUUGUGAUUUACUGUAAUUUGUUCUGUUUUUCUGUAGCGAUUACCGAUUUAUCGGCAAAUACUGCGAUAAAAUUUAAAUUUCGUUCCUUUUAUGCAAUGAAACUAACGAAAAAUGUAUUAUUCCCCUUUGCUACAAAUUAUCAUAUUUAAAAAUAGAAAAAACUAAGUUUUAUCGCGGUAUUUGCCGAUAAAUCGGUAAUCGCUACAGAAAAACAGAACAAAUUACAGUAAAUCACAACAAACUACAGAAGCGGAAGUGGGACACUUUUUGUAUUUUCACUGUAAUUGAGUGAUUGUGUGGUAUUCCUUUUAGCGAGGUUGUUUUUACAUGCUGAACAAGAAUCACUUCAUCUGAAGUGCCCAAUGUUUCAAGAGCAUUUAACUGAAGCAAUACACUGCUUUAACCAAGCCAUAAAGGUAUAUUGUAUAUAUGCCAUAUCGUUUUACUGUACUUUAUCUAAUGUCAGACAAGUUUAUACCAAAACAAUUCACAAUGAUUUUGUUUGCUGUUUAGCUUCACUGUAUCCAUGGCAACCUGAACCUUGCAGCGUGUCUAUGUUUGGAGUUAGGAAACACUCUUAGUGUAAGUUGGAUGACAUAUUUGAUGGUAUCUAAACUGGCAUACUACAUUCGAUCUUCAUAUGAAAGUCAAGCAUUCAUUGUUCAGAAACAAUUUGUCCGAAACAAAUUAAAUAGAAACAAGCUGUCAUUAAAAUGAAGCUAAGAGAAAGUUUGUUAAAUCAUAUGUUUCUAGGAAAUGAGACAAUAUUCAGAAGCUGUUGGUUAUUUUCAACAAGCAUCAGAACUACAGCAUAAGGUAUGUUCAACACUAACUUGCCUUUCAUUGAAACACAUAUGCUGUCACUUACCAUUGAAUUAAGCCUGCUACUAGAGGUUGUCAAGGUAGUGUUAGGUUGGGUCCCUGUACUUGAAAAACUCCUGCUUGGUUCUCUCCAGUCUAAUUAUAAAAUUACCAAUUAACUUAUCCCUGGAGACCUUUAUGAUUUAGGUUGUAAAACCUGGUGAUUCACCCAUUGAGCACUCUCACCUUGAUGAGUAAAAUUGUCUGGCAUUAGACAGAGUAAAAAAAUAAAUAAGGGUGCAUUAGGGUGUAAUGCAACUUAAUGGGCACCUGGGCAGAUUGACUGCCCAUUGAGCUCCAGCGCUCUUCCCUUUGACAAGUGAAAUUGUCUGGUGCUACAGUAAAAUAGUAAAGUAGGGUAAACACAAUCUUAAAAGGUCUGUGUCAGUGUAGGUAGUGGCAAUAAUAAGAAAGUUUCAGAUUGAUAGGAAUGCAACUACCUGAAAAAUACAAGGAGAACUUUAUCUUUGUUCAAUCUAAUAUAUUAUUCGAACUGACUAAAUAGAAUGAAAUAAUGUAAGUAUAGUCUAUAGGGGUCUUAAUUAAAAAGCCUAAUAGGUUUCUAGAAGGCUCCUAGCCUAUCCAAAACAAUAGAAAAAUAAAUGUAAAUAACUAGAUAUUUUUUACGGCCGUAAUAAAAAAACAAAAAAACAAAAACGCAGUCAAACUAUUACGGCGUACUAAAAUAUAUAUUGUUGUUGUACACCAGACACCAUUGAUUGCUUUGAACUCUAUGAAGUUAGCAGCUAAAUGCAAGUUAAACAUGGGUGAGUUACAUUUUAAAAUAUAUUUUCACACAGAUUAGUUUUCACUCGGCUAUUGAAGUACAACUCGGGUAUAUUUUAAAAUGAGUUAAGAGCAAACUUCAAAUCGUAUGUUGAGGUCAACUGUUAGCUCUUUGAGGUUAGGACAAUUUGCACAUUAAGAUUAAAGCACAAAUGGGUAUAUAAUUGCAUGUUGACUCGUGUUACAUUCUGAACCAUCAGAGUAAUAUUUUUUUUCUGUCACUUGCAUGCAGGUACAAAUAAUGGCAAGCUACUGAUUCACAGUAAAAAUUAAACAUUUGAUUAUAAGAUAGAUUGGUGUGUGACUCAUGUUACAACAAAAGGACAUGAGGUAACACCAACCUAACUACUUUUUAAUUUCUUCGGGAACCAUAGGAAAGAGAAACAUACAAUGUCUAUCAAGUAACAGACUAUAUGUUAGGCAAACUACCAACACAAAGAAAUUUUAUAUUUUGGAUUACAAUACUAAGGAUUGUACAUGAUACACGUGACUCAUGUUACGUAUAAAAUACAGCUUCAUAUUUCACUUCAGAAUUGUUUCCAAUAGCUUCUGAAAAUUCUUGACAACUUUUUUUUCCAAAAAUGUUAUCACUACCAUGGAAUUACCCAAAUGAGCUAAUUAGCUGUUGAAAAGUUGUAGAAGUUAUCCUUGUAUUGUUGUGUAUUUCAGGUGAUUAUGAUGGUGCUUUGGCGUUGCUGACAGAGAUGGUUUACUUGAUUCAUGAGCGAGGUAGACGUGUGUUCUUCUCACAAGCAAGUAGGGUUCUUUAAUGGACCUAUUCCCUAAUGAACAAAAUUUUGAUCUAGACAAGUCUAAACAAAACUUUCAUCACAAACUUCGCAGGGCUAUAUUAUCCCCAUUUUACAACAUUUUGCAACGAAACUUUUUUGUGAUGCUCUUUCAAGCUGUGAUGAAAUUUUUGUCUAGACUUGUCUAGAUAAAAAUUUUGUUCAUUAGGGAAUAGGUCUAUUAUCAAAUAUGUUCAUGUGUUUAAUUAUCUUUCUAGGUAGUAAUUUACCUGGGGCCUCAGGAAGCAAUCAAAUACACGGUAAGAAAAUGUCAGGAUUUUAAAGCCUGGUUUAAACUAUCAAAGUUUCUGUGAUGUUUUCUCUGAUGUGACAUUGAGUCAGUUCCCUCGGACAUUUCUUACAAAUCCUUCAAAACUCAGAAUUUACCAAUGCAAAAUCCUACUGUGAUCACAGAAACUUUGAUAGUGUAAACCAGACUUAAAAAUUAAAAUGUUGAAAUUUAAAACAUGCCUGCAAGUGGCAUUUGCACACUUUUGUGCGAUGUACUCUUGGAAAUAAUUUUGAACUGUCUGGGCCAGUGUAGGCCAAUAAUAACAAGCUUCUGCUGUUAGGGAUGCAACUACCUAUCUAGACUUGCCCAACUCGCUCGCUAGGGACCGCGCGUAGCAAGAAGGGAGCGCUUGAGAAAGACGGAAGCGAGCGACUUGUGUCACUUGCCUGAUUUUGAAUCUUACUGAAAAAUUUGGCGCGAAAAUCAAUUAUGACAUAGUGGGCGUUCACCAUGUCGAUUUCACUAGUUCAUUAUUGUUUUGUUCAUAAUAAUAAUGAGCAUUCACUGACGUCACCGGAGCACAAAUGCACCGGUGAAUUUGGCGCGCUUGCGGGUGACAAAAGUCCGUCGCUUCCAGGAACCACGAACCGCGGACUUUGGAAAGUCUACUACCUAUCAAGUACAAAGCGAAAUUCGUUGUUUCGAGCGAAGGCAGUGGCAUCUCUGCCAACGAAAGCUUGUUACUAUUGGAAAUACUCCGUUGGAAGAAAGUAACAUGACGUCUUUUGUAAACUGGGAAUGUUUAGCUGGUUAUGUGGAUAUCUUGGCUGAAUGUGAUGUCACUAUUGUCCUAAUUCUACUGCUGUUACAGGUAAAACUCUUUGCUAGUUUAUUCUAUUAUAAUCUUGAACGGUUUUGUGGCAGUGCAGCAGGCCAGCCCAUUGUACACCAGAAAUAAAAGCCCACAGAAAACGUUUCUACAUUUUGUUACAUUUCAUAAAGUUGUGUGAUUGACUUGCAGCCAACACCACAGAAGAUUCGCCCUGAGCAUGCGCAAAUGUUGGAGAAAUACGCUUGGGAAUCCAAUGGAACAAGCUCACCUGGUAUGGAAUAUUUCGAAUACAAAGCAACUCCAACAAUAGUAAACAGUUUUCAAAAUUUUAUAAUCCACUUAAAUCUUUAGCACAUAGCAUUGUGGUCUUCAGUUGUUUCUUAUUUUCUGUAAUUUAGUUGAUUAUCUGAGUGAAGAUCUCUUUCUGCUAUUGCAAUCUGUUGUGGUAAGUCAUUGACCAAUCGGAAAUUACCGAUUAUUCAUGCUACAAUCUACCCGAUACCGAUUUAAUAAUGACGUCAUAGUAUCAGUCGACCGAGUAAAGGUGAAGUCAUUCAUGUUGAUUUUUUAACGAUAAUUUCCAAAGUAACAUGUUACUGCAACCAAAGAUCACUAAAACCAUUAAUAAAUUUCACGCUUCACGCAUUAAUUUAACAUAUUGCGUUAAAACGGUAUCAACGUGGCCCGCAGUUGCGGUCACCCAGCCGUGGUCAUGUACUGUAUUUCAUUUUGUACGUUUGUUUUUGUCCUGUAAUGUACUGUUUCACUCGGUAAAGUUUAUAAAUUAAAAAAAUUAAAAAAUUAACUUGCAAUGCAUAGAAUUUUUAAAGUGCGUUUUUUCUCAACAAUCGGUUUUACACAAUUGGAGUAUAGACAAUUUUACCGAUUCCGAUUGUCUACCGAUAAGGCAAAAAUUGGCCCGAUGCGUCGAUCACUAGUAAGUAUCAUCACUGGUUCUAUAUACUGAAGACGCAAUGACGCAUUAUCCAUUUGGAUGAAUUUGGGCGAACAUUUGUAAUCUUCAGUAUAAAGACGGGAACAUGAAGCAUUAAACGUCUACACGAACUAUGUUCAGGAGUAUGCCUUAAGUGAUGAACAUGUUACUCAUGAUAGUUCUUCUAGAUGCAUAGUUUGUCUUGUAACCGUUUUUAUGAAGAGAUGUUUCCUCUUCGUCUGAUACCUUUCUUCUUUACACUGUACAAUACAACACUGCUUCGGUCAAGUUUGAAACCUUGUGUUCUAUUAACUAUGUUACAAUGCAUGUUUAGAUGUCGUGCCAAGCUAAAGACGGAACUGCUCUACAAGAACUUGAAAAAGAUCUUUGGUAAGUUGAAAAAUAUGGCAGUCCAAAUCUACAGCAGCCACGUUGGCAGUGAUGGUUGUUUGACUUGUUUCCAUCCAGAAAUGUCGCUGUCGUUAUCUUCUUCAUGUCGGCCCAUCUUAGCUGAUAAAAAUGCCGCUUGCUAAAAAGUUUGCAUAUACUUAACAUAACUGUUAAAAUGCCUGUCUGGACAGAAUGUUCUAUUGUCUUUUCAUCAUUUUCAUAAAAAUCCCACUAUUCUCCGUGCCAGCCAUAAUUCAGUGAUUGGAAUGUUCCAUUGUCAUUUCAUUGCCUUGUCAUCUACUCACUCAUUGUUUUGUCUUUUACUGUUGGCGUUUAUCUGAAUAGCAUAUACAUUAUCUGUGUUGUUAUUAUUGGACUCAAGGGCUUGGCUCUAUCGCUCUACUGUCCUAGCUUGUACAUACAUGAAAAUCUCGCAUCUUGUCAACAAGAUGUGUUCCAUCAGGCUUGUCAACAAGAAAAUGUUAAUAAUCUUGCAAGCUUAUCAACAAGUUGUAACAAUGCUUAUAGUCUCAAGUUGUUACCAAAUCGUCAGUCAUAACUUGUUAAAACAAGAACGAUAACAACUUGUAACAAUGUGUUAAUUUGUCAAAUUGUUACAAGUUAUUCUAUUUGUUGUUCUAAAUGCUGAGAUUGCGUUUUUAACUUUACAGGCCAUAUUUCAAUGGAAUUCAAAAAGAGUUGUUGUACAAACUCGUUAUUCAAAUGACAAAUUAGAAUUAUGUUGUGAGGACGUGUGAAUACUGAAUACCUCACAGAUAGACGGAUAGACAUAGGAAAGUUAGGGAACAUACAGACAGUUACCCAAUUCGACUGGGCUUUGAUCAUUUAAACGAGCGAAACAUGAUUGAUAUACCUGGUUGCAGUGAACGAACAAACUUUGGACUUUGUAUAGUUAUUAUAUCAAGUAUAACUAAUGCAAUCUUUUCAAAAUAAAUAUGGCAGUAACAUUCAUAAUACUGUAUUAAAUUUAUACUGCUAAAAAAACUAAAAUAAAUUGUAGUCUCUGGUU